CGGCGGCGGCAGAGUUCAAACAGCAGAACGGCAGAACCUCUUCCUUUCGUAGAGGUGGAUCGCUAAUCGUCUCGCGUUCUUACGCCGAUACAGAUUUGACGAGUGUUCACCACGAGCGGCGAGAAUGGCUCUCUUCCGGAAAUUCAACGAGAGAAUCCCACGGAGGGCAAUCCUCGGGGCGAUGAUGUUCUUGGCUUGUAUGUUCUCAUAUGUUAUCCGCACUAAUUUAUCUAUAUCCAUCGUCGCCAUGGUGAACGCCACUAGCAAAUAUGGUAGUACCGGACCUGCAUGCAGCGCAAUGGAUUUGAAGAGCAACAAGUCUGUCGACCUCAAAGAUUUUGGUGAACGAUACGAGUGGAACCAACAUAUUCAAGGUCUGCUGUUAUCAGGAUAUUUUUAUGGUGUGCUACCGGCUAGUGUUCCAGCUGGGCUUCUGGCAGAGAAAUACGGAGGCUCCAAAGUAGUGGCAUUUGCCACACUGAUACCUGCAGUAUUGAAUCUUCUGAUGCCAUGGGCCGCUGGUGUUCAUUACGGUUUUGUAUUCGCGCUUCGCUUCGUGAUGGGAUUUUUCGGGGGUGCUGUUUAUCCCGCUUUACACGCGAUGAUCGCUAGGUGGGUGCCACCUGGUGAGAAGGGUAUGUUCGUAUGGACUAUGCAAGGUGGUCCAUUUGGAACCGUCGUGACAUUCGCUUUAUGCGGUGCAGUAAUCAGCGCUUACGGAUGGAAAGCUGCGUUCUACGUUACAAGCACUCUCAUGUUAGUUUUCUAUGUUUUAUGGGUGUUCUUGGUAUACGAUACGCCGGAUCUGCACCCGGGAAUCACAGAGAAAGAGAAGACGUACAUAAAAGAACAAAUAGGUACUUCUGUUUCAAAACAAAAGGUUCAACUACCGGUGAAAGCAGUUGCCACGUCAGCACCAUUCUUAGUACUACUAUGGGCUCACUUUGCUAAUAUGUGGGGUAUUUACUUUAUCGCUACCAACGGACCCAAAUAUACGCUGGAAGUUCUGGGCUUCAAUAUGAAAUCGGGUGGCGCGAUAACUGGAUUACCUUACAUAGCUAGACUUGGCGCUGGAGUGUUAUUCGCAGCAGCAGGUGAUUACGUGCGAAGGAAAGGUGUUUUAUCUCUGGGUUGGAUCAGAAAAAUUUUCAUGCUUUUCUCUCACCUGGGACCUGCAGCUUGUCUAGUAGUAAUGACAUAUGUGGGUUGUGAUGCCACAACUGCAAUAAUAAUGUUAAUAUUGGCACUGGCCUUCAAUGGGGCUGCAUGCCAAACCAGUUUACAAAAUCAUCAAGAUUUAGCACCGAACUACGCUGGUUCUUUGUACGGAAUUAUGAAUACUUUUGGUAGUUUUCCUGGAUUUAUUAUUCCACCGAUUAUCGGCGCUCUAACCAACGAAAGGAACGGCGUUGAGGAAUGGCGUAUAAUGUUUUGGAUAUCAGCGGUAGUGUUCAUUUCGGCAACGGUGCUCUUCUGGUUGUUUGGGUCGGCAGAAAUUCAACCGUGGAAUGAUUCGACGCACACCAAGGUGCCCACUAUCUCUGACGAGGAGAGGCGGAUAAACGAGACGACGACAAAAGAUACGGUCGCUGAGGAAACUGAAGAAAAUGAACGUCUUUAGUGACUUAGGAAAUAAAAUGAAAAAGAUGCGUGCGUGUGUGUAUAAAUUAAUAGUCUAAUAUUAGAAGGAGCGCCUCUGAAGUUGUCGCAAAUCUUGACCUAGCUGACAGAACGUUACAAUAAUAUUUUGUAGACGGUUGCGACCCAUAUUUAUAUAGCUUCUGGUUAUUACCUGUUAUGGAUAUGAGGCAAUCGUCACGCUAUCAACCAAAAUUAAAAAUUCGAAACAUGAGGAAGAGAUAAAUUUAAGAUACUUUUCCUCCGAUUAAGGGAUUAGGCUACUGUAACAUAAAAAAUAUAUUUAUAUUUUAUAAUAUAUAUAUAUAUAUAUAUAUAUAUAUAUAUAUAUAUAUAUAUAUAUAUAUAAUCUAUGUAUAGAUUAUAAAAAUCAAGCAUACAUAGAAAUUUGAAGAUCAAUUUUAGGAAUUUAUUAAUCUUAUUUUUAUUAUUUUCUUAUUAUAAAACUCUGUAGAUAUAUUUUAAGUGUCUAUCUAUAAUUCUAGAAUAAUAUUUGCAAAACAUAAUUUUUUAGAAAAUAUAAAAAAAAAAAAAAAUAGAAAAAGAACUUUAAACUUAUACAGUGGCCUAAUCCAUCAACGAAUACACGUUCUUAGAGUAUCAUGACGGAUCUUUCAUCUUGAUGUGAUUCCUAGAUACAGAAUUAUUUUUUCAUGUUCUUUUUUUUUUACUCUUAUUAUAUAAGACUGUAGAACGCACCCGGGUGAUAAAACAUGGAUUUUACACUUUUCAUGAUUUUCACGCGUUUAUAUUCGUCUUGAAUAUUUAAUUUAUACAUUCGAUAUUAUACUCUUAUCAUUCAUGUCACAUGAAUCACUUGAAAACAUUAUGGUUGUGUCAUCGAAUGGUUAAUAAAAGUUCUACAGACUUAUAUGGCAUUCAAGCAAUGCAAUGUAUAAAAACGGAAGAAUACUCUGUAGUGCAUUUUUUGAUUUCGUGCCAAAGUACGUGUAUAUCGCACUCGUUAAAGCUCGACGAAACUGUCGAAGUGUCUUAGGUCGAGGAAUCUUGGCGUUGUCUUCGGGCCAGUAAACGGCCGAGGUUAGUCGAUAUUAUAAAUAUUUCAUGUUAGGUAUAUUAAAUCGUUGCAGAUAACUCUCGUUAUACGCGAUCGCGCCUGGUGCGGUUUCCUUGCGGCGCGAUUUCGUAACUGCGAUUAAUAUUCGCAAUAAUUUACGUACGCUAAAGUCUCGUGCUUCAGUGCGUGGUCAACGGCCUCGGUUCUCCUGUAGGUCACGUAGCAUCUCAAAGGGCAUUUUGAGUAGAUCGAGUCGCAUUGCGCAAUCUCGCUUUGCGUAAUAAUUAUUUCGACUUAAUCGCGUGUAACGAGGAAUUCUUGUAUAAUCCUCUCAUCUUUUACGAGCGCUCAAAUCACGAAACUUCAUUGUUGUGAUAAGAAUAACUCGUCUUCUAAUCUCUCUAUUCAUCUCUCUUUAUUCAUGAAAAUAGACAUUUGCUUUAUCUUUAAUGUUCGUGAGAGAUCGUGCUAUAAUUCUCAGGUCUAAUUGCAUGCAUCCAGCCGAUGCAGGUAAGGAGAUAUUAUGCUCGUAAAUAGGGAAAAAUGAAAUACAUUACGUUUAUAAAUUGUGACGAGGAUUACUCAUAUGUUAGUAACUGUUAUACGCGUGCUCAUUGUAGUGAAUUGAGAAAUGAUCAAUGUAUUGUUCUUAUAUCUGAUAAAAAAUUAAUGUUCAAACUGUAUUUUCGGCACGUCGUUUGCCGUUCUAUCAGUAAUAACGUUAUUGUAAGAACUUACGUGGAAGAUUCCUUUAAAGCUGAUAUUUAGCAAUAAUCGUUGCGUGUGUUAAUUAUAAAAAAAAAAAUAACACUAAGAAUCGUUGUUUUAAGGUUAUAACACAUUGUAGUAGACGUAUGUGCGCAUGCCAUAUUUAUCAAUGAUCGAAUUACAACUGUACAUACGUUAUUUAUAAAUCCAAAUGGCAUACCAAAAUCACUGUAGUUUUUUUUAUAUUUACACUCUUAUUUUAAAUCUCAUCUUUGUUGUUAAGUUAACAGCAUUUGCUUUAUAGAUUUGAUUAUGUUACACAAGUUUUAGUGAAUUCAUAUGUAUGAUGAAUAAUCGUAUAUUUUGUGCGUCGUUAUUACGUAAUAAUAAAGAAAACUCACAUGUAUUCUCAAA